CCCGCCGCCAUCUUGAAUGUUAAUGUUUCCCAACAAAUAUAUAUAUAUUUAUAUAUAUAAAAAUUUCCCCCCCAUUCCUGGGCCAUCAUUUGGGGCAUUAACCCUUCCCUUCUCUUCCCCUUAUAUACCAUGUAAUACCCACAAAUCACGCCUCACUUGGUAUUAUUCCGAAGUAUAUCCAAAGUAAAAUAGCAUUAUAUUUUUAGUUUUCCUAAUGAGUCUAUAAUUGUAGGCAACUCUGCGGCUUGCUGGACCCGUCUGAAGAGAGAGGUGACCCCCUAAACAACCUCCAUCCCAAGGUGCAGCUACUCUUCUUGACCUGUUCCCGUGGGGCUAUUUAGAGGGUGACUCAAUGCGACAGGGCCAGUUUGUAUGUUGGAAUGAAGUGGUUGGGCGAAUCCAAGAACAUGGUAGUGAAUGGACGGAGACAUGGAAGCAGACAUUCUACUGAGAGCCAGCAGAGCCAGACCGGUUCCGGAAGAGAAAAUCUGAGGGCCAGUAAAAAUGUUUCUGAUAGAAGAUCCAGCAGGUGUAGUGGAACAGGUUCUGCGUUUGAAAGCCAAAGUCGCUAUGUGCCAUCAUCAGGAAUGUCUGCCAAGGAACUGUGUGAAAAUGAUGAUCUUGCAACCAGUUUGGUUUUGGAUCCCUACUUAGGAUUUCAGACUCACAAAAUGAAUACUAGGUUUCGGCCAAUAAAAGGAAGACAGGAGGAACUCAAGGAAGUGAUAGAAAAUUUCAAGAAAAAUGAACAUUUAGAAAAGACAUUUAAAAACCUGACAGCGGGCGAUUGGGCACGGCACUAUUUUCUUAACAAGAACAAAAUGCAGGAAAAACUUUUCAAGGAGCACGUGUUUAUCUACUUGAGAAUGUUUGCACCUUCUAGCGGAUUUGAAAUCUUGCCUUGCAAUAGAUAUUCCUCUGAGAACAAUGGAGCCAAAAUAGUUGCAACUAAAGACUGGAAACGAAAUGACAAAAUUGAACUUCUAGUAGGCUGCAUUGCCGAACUUUCUGAAGCGGAAGAAAACAUGCUCCUGCGUCAUGGGGAAAAUGACUUCAGUGUCAUGUAUUCCACAAGGAAAAACUGUGCUCAGCUUUGGCUUGGACCUGCUGCCUUUAUAAACCACGAUUGCAGACCUAACUGUAAGUUUGUAUCGACUGGCCGUGACACUGCUUGCGUGAAAGCUCUGCGCGACAUUGAGCCAGGAGAAGAAAUUUCCUGCUAUUAUGGGGAUGGCUUUUUUGCAGAGAACAAUGAAUUUUGUGAAUGUUAUACAUGUGAAAGACGGGGAACGGGUGCAUUUAAAUCUCGAAAUGGACUACAUGAACCAGGACCUGUGAUCAACAGCAAGUAUGGGCUGAGGGAAACAGACAAGCGCUUAAACAGACUCAAAAAGCUCGGGGACAGCAGCAAAAACUCUGACAGCCAGUCAGUCAGCUCCAACACGGAUGCAGACACAUCUCAGGAAAAAUCCAACACUUCAACAAACAAGAGGUCUUCUGCUGGCGCUAAAAAGAAUAGCAAACGUAGAACACUGAGAAGACAGUCAAUGUCAAGAAUUCCAGUUUCAUCCACUUCUACCUCAUCCAAGCCUACUCAUAUAAAUAAUUCCAGGGUACCAAAGAGACUGAGAAAGCCUGCAAAGCCUUUACAUUUGAGAACUAAAACCAGAAACCCAUACAGAAGAGCAGAACAGAAAAACACCUCUAAAAAGCUUGAAGUAGGGAACUUGGUUCUUAAAGAACCUAAAGUAGUUCUGUAUAAAAGUGUUUCCAUAAAAAGGGAUAAAGAGGGCGAGGGACCAGUUAAAGUAAAUGGAACCACUGGUUGUUUAACAAGACAUGCAGCAAGAGAAAAUAAACUUAAUUCAUUCAAAGGUGCUCAAGGGCAUGAGGAGUCUUCAACGUGUACAUAUAUCACUCGGAGUUCAAUGAAAACAAGGAACUCCAUGGACAUAUCUGAUGCUAAGCUUCAACCAAAUACAGUGGAUAGUUACAGAAGCAGUCGUGGGACUAGUAUACAUUUAGACAGGACUGAGCCACAUGGUCAAUCGAUUCAUAAAAAUAGACAUCAUCCAGAAACUCCAAAAAGACGGGACAGCAGAUGUUCAAAAAAUGGCUUUUGUAAGUCUAGAAGAAAGUCAUGGCAGGCCAGGCACACGAAAGAGACCUCCAAGACAGAAAUAUCAACAUCUGGUUAUGACACAUCAAAGAACGAUAAGGCCAUGACAGAUUUAGUAAGUUCUCUUUGUGACUCUGGUGAAAGAAAUUCCAUUAAAGAUAAAUCAAUUGAUUAUAAAGACCUCAGAUCAUCCUCGGAUGAGUGCCCCAUGGUCAGUUCGGAAACCGUAAGGGCAAAAGAAACCAUUCGAACUGUCAAAAAUAAAAAAAGUAGGCGAAUCACUAGAUACGAUGCACAACUAAUUCUUGAAAACAGCACUGGAAUUCCAAAGCUAACUCUUCGUAGGCGCCAUGACAGUAACAGCAGUAAAACAGACAAAGAGAAUGAUGGGAUGAGUUCAUCGAAAAUUAGCAUUAAGUUAAGCAAAGAUCAUGAAAAGGACAAGAACAGUUUAUACGUAGCAAAACUUAACAAUGGUUUUAACUCAGGAUCAGGGAGUAGUUCAACAAAAUUAAAGAUACAACUGAAGAGAGAAGAGGAGAAAAGAAUGUCUUUUCCUGAGGAACUCCACGAAAAUGGAGUAUACUGUGGCGACACUUUGUCUCUUUUGGGAACAAGAAUGGAAGUGGAUGAAUAUGAUCAUUAUGAGGAAGAGAGCAUCGAAGAGUCUACUAGUGAAGAGGAAAGAGAAGAAGAUGACUAUGAUGAUGAAUUUGAAGAUGACUUUAUUCCUCUCCCACCAGCAAAACGUUUGAGACUUAUUGUUGGAAAGGACUCGAUAGACAUUGAUAUUUCUUCCAGGCGGAGAGAAGAUCAGUCUUUAAGACUCAAUGCGUGAAGCAUCUGUUUUUAAACUGACCAUAACCCUCAUUUGUACUCAUUACUUAUGAAAUAAGAUCUUAUUCCAUUGAAUUAUUCCUAAACUGAACUUUCUGUAAAUUUUAGAGACAGCACUUCUGUAUUGUUAGUCCAUUCGAAAUUGAAAUUGUAGAAAUUGUACAGUAUACCGACUUCAAUUUUUGAUUUUUUUUUAUUGUACUUUAAGUCUUUUACGUGCAAUUUUGAGUUAGAAAAAAAAGAUGGGUAAAGAAAAGUCAAACGACUCUCUAGUAGAUCACAGGAGGUAUAUGUACAUAACUGUCCAUGCAAGCCAAUAGUCCGAUAAUGUGGCUACCCAAUCGUACUUAUUUUAACCCAUAGUAACUUUACAGUAUCAUAGAUCACAUUAACAGGAAUCACAGUGAAGACAUAACACAAUUUUUCUAGUAGGUUAUUAUCACCAGCAAUGAUUUUACAGCUUUCAAAAUUGAUUUGCUAGAUGUCUUGUCCUCCUCAACUUCUUCUGUCAGAAGUCUGUCUUAUACUGUAAGGCUAUCCUGAAAGUACUGUCUGUGGCCUUUGUUGGUAGGAAACUUCAGUUCGAAGUCAAAUGAACUGCUUGGAAAGAGAGCGCAUUAAUUUGAUAGUAAAAGAUCCUAUGUUUGCUAUUCCUUUUAGCACAUUAUGUACAGGGGCUAGAAUAAAAGUUUGGAUAUGGUGUAUUUAUUGCUUGUUAUAUAAAUUAAAGACAAAAAAACAUCUUGUAUUUAACACUUUUCGACAAUUUCUAGAUAAAAAAAAAAAACGUUCUUUGCAAGAAUAAUCGGUGCUUAAAUUUCUUUUUUUUCAUGGAAAAAUGCUGUGAAAUAAAAAUGUGACAAGGUAAAAAUGUACCCAUUUCAAUGCAGCUGUCAGAACUUUUUGUUUAAUUUUUUUUUUUCUGUUGCACUUUACAAAGCUACAACAGAAUUUAAAAUGUACUGGCAGUAUGUCAUGUUGUUCACCUUUGUAUAGACUUACAACUGUAUAUACUAAUGUAAAUAAGUGUGUUGUGAGGAUUUUUAUGUUUUUCUUUUCCUGUUUUUCCAUAAAGAACUGAUUUACCAUACUAGAAAAAAAAAAGUUUUUAAGUUAAAUACUCAUGCCAAUAAAAUAGGAAAUUGUAAACCUACAUUAAA